UGGCGGAGGGAGGCGAGAAGGGAGGGCCGAUUCCAAAGUGGGCGACGACAACGACGACACCACCCCCCCCCUCCUCUCUCUCUCUCUCUCUCUGUUGUAUUUACCAACACAACGCAGGCGUCCAGCGAGCACUGUACCGUCCUGGCACCACACACACUCUCCCGAGUCUACACCUCCCCUACCUCGACAAGUUAAAUGCCAAGCAUAGGCGCCGGAGAGAAAAACGAGGACCAUUACUGUUCCAAAGUGGAGAGGAGGACGCAUUGUCGGGCGCGCACAUAGAAAUAAAAAAGAAGACGAAGAAGAAGAAAGCAGAAGAAAGUGCACGGGCCAUCGUCGCUGUUGCCUUCUCAAUGCAUACCCUUUGUGCUCGGGGAACGAUGAAGCCAGAGAUCAGCGCCGCCGUCGGGUUUCUGUCGAGAUUUCUGCGGAUAAAAGGACACGUAAACGACCGACAGCUCCAGACGUUCAGCCAAAGUUUACAGGAUAUCUUGGCAGAGCAAUAUAAGCACCACUGGUUUCCAGACAGGCCCUGCAAGGGCUCCGGCUACCGGUGCAUCCGCAUUAACCACAAGAUGGACCCACUGGUGUGGCAGGCGGGCCAGCGCAUCGGUCUGACCAUCCAGCAACUCUACCUGCUGCUCCCCAGUGAGCUCACGCUCUGGGUGGACCCCUUCGAGGUGUCCUACCGCAUUGGUGAAGACGGCUCCAUCUGCGUCCUUUACGAGUCGCAGCCUGGGGUGACUGUAGGAGCACCGGCGACAACAACCGGCGCCAGCUCCCCAUCGGGAAGCAGCACGUCGGUGAACCCCAUGGUGGACAGUCACAUCAGCUGCAAGGAGGAACUGAUGGUGCUGGGCAGAGCCAGUCCCUCCAAAGCCUACAACAUGAUGACUGUGUCCAGUUAAGAGCCACUGCCGACCCGGGCUUGCCCCGUUUCAGGGUUGCACCGUGACCAGUCGAGACCCCAAGGCUGGAUCAGGGUUAGCCUUUUUAAAGCUAAAAAAGUGAAAUGAAAUAGUGAAAGAUGGAAAAAAAAAUGUGAGAGGAAAAAAAGCAGAGGAUGUGGCCUAUUGUCCAGUUGAUGGAAACCUUGUAGGUUUGAUAUUUUAACCCCCACCUCCCCCCAUCCCCUCCAGCAUCGUCUAUUCCGUUAUGUCACCAGAUCUACCGGGCCUUUCGUUCCCCCCCCCCCCUUUUUGUUUGUUUUAUUUUUUUCAGGAGAGGCUGUAUGGAAAAAGAACUGUUGGGGCAGCUAAACCAACCAACCAACCAGGAACCCCCGUAGACCGGCUCCGCCCAUCCCCGUCUAAACAACAAUAACAACAUGAUGAUUGGCUCCAUUGCUGAAGGGGCUUCUGUGUUGUUGGCUUUUUAACACUGAGGUCUAUCAAUUUUGACUUUGCACUUUUCUUACUUGUGGUUACUAUGGGUACCAUGUUUCAUCAUUACCGCCACAAAAAAAACAAAACAACAAAAAAAACAAAACACCAAAACUUUUAAAUUGUAAAGGAAUUUCUUUCAGGAAUUACCCAUUGAAUUUCAGAGCUAGACGUCUUUCAGUUUCGGGGAGGAAGACGAGGUUCAGACUCGUGCCUUUUGCUACACGUGGCCCAACGGUAUAAUAGAAAAACAGCCAAUAAGAGCCUUUUUUUCCCCUUCUAAUUAAAGCCCUUUUUUGGACCAUAGGGCUUUUGUUUUCUUUACUCUGUGGCUGUUUGAACAAAGGUUGUCAGUCUCAACCUCUCUUCCCCCCUUACCCCAUCAACACUGAGCAUGCAGAAGCGCACCUCUCAGCCCAUUCUUGGUCUAAAUGUAAGUGCAAGUGGAAUGUGGUGUGAUAACCUGUUACCUAUGGAUAACAGCGUGUCACGGUGCACUGCCCCCACCCCCAAUCACUCAAGUAUGUGUAGCUUUCUGGGGCAGGGAAAGAUGGCGGGGGUGGGGGUGUCCGCACCCCCUCCUUCCGUACCUCCCCCAAGGUUAAUGAAUGUUGUUGAAAUUCAAUCAAGUUCCCAUAUUUUAACCCCCCCCCCCCGCCUUCUCCUCCUUCCUCUUUUUCCUGCAUCACCAAAAUUCAAAGUGUAGCAUAUGAGGGUCCCGUUGACCUAAUUUCAGGUUGACCCUGUUUUGGUCAGCAGACCCUGUCAGGAUUGACGUUGAAUGCACUUUGACGUUAGAUUGUGUGGGAUGUGUACUUUUGGGAGGAAAUCUCCCGCAUUCCAUCCAAUCGAAUGUCAUCUUUUCAUGCCAUGUUGCUUUUGCUCUCCCCGUUUUUUUGUUUUUGUUUUUUGGCCAUUUGCUCGUACUGUAACUUCCGAGUUGGGUUAGCCUGAUGCCUAUUGAAUAGGGAGUGUGCUACUCUGGACUUAAAACAUUUAUUUUCUACACUGUAUUUGUGAACAUUCAGAGCCGUUGCUGGUUAAGUGGAGAGUGGUUAUGGUGGUGUGUUAGACGAUUUCUACCAUCCGUUAAUAUGGCACUAUUUGUCGAAGGCCCAGCACGAUGCAGGGCUUAGCUACUUCCCCGGCCCCCAACAAACACAGAUGGCAAAUCGGGUUGCUGGUUUAAAGCUAGUCUAAAAGUGGUUUGAAUAAGUGAUGAGCGUGUGUUUGUCAGUUUGGCCAAAGGGAGGUCUAGAGCCAGGGCUGUUAAGAGAUUAAUUUUAACUCGACUCAAAUACCACAACGGGCCCUGUCAGCCAUGUAUUUCCAUUUCCAUUGCCCAUUUUCCACAUUCUGAAAAGGACAUGAACUUCACGAGUACCCUUGUUCCUUUAGUAUGCAUUGGAAGUGCAUUGCCUUAAAUAGACCUCGUUGUCAUUAACAAUAAGCCAUUCUCUGUUUCAAGCUGAGAAGCAGGCUUUCGUGAGCCAGCCUGUUGUGAGGUGCUGCCGGACCCUCCCUAGAGGUGUCUUUGUCCACCCUGGCAGCUUCAGACCCCCACCCGCUUUUUGGAAAUGGGGGUAACAGUGCCUCAAAUGCCACAUAUCACCCCUCAGCUCAGACCUCCUGGUCAGCCAGCCAGCUUGCUGCUAGCCAACCCCCUUGUGGAUGCAGGUAGACCUAAUGAGACACAUAUCAUCUUCCAUCACCCCGGGGGAAUUGGGUAAGGAAGGUUAGGGAGGGGAGUUGGUGCGAGAGAAAGCAGGGGGGGGGGCAAGGGCCGGACUUUCAUGUCCAGGGCAGCUACAAUCCCUCCAGCCCCCUCCCCUUUGAAAUUAAUCCAACAACCCCCACCCGACUGGAUGCCCUUGAACCUCCCCAGGAGGUGGUGGAUAAAAACCAGCACACGCGCUUUAGCGUGCCGAAGCAGCACUAGGGGGCAGGUUACAACCCAGGAAACAUUGGCCAAAGUUGAGGAAUUGUGGGUACUCUGCCUUUGUUUUCUCACUGGAUUACCCGCAUUGCUGCUGUAGCGAAUUUGUUUACAUGCAUAUGAAAGGAUGUGAUGGUUGUCUGUCAUACCCCAGUCCACUCCGGGUUCAGUUUGUGUGGCAAAAAAAAAAAGCUAGCUUGAACAGACAUUUGGACCGCUGCAGGGGUUUUUCCAGGCCUUAGCUACUGGCCAAAUCUGCACAGCAGGCUGGGUCACCAGUCAUCACCAGAUCUUUGGGUGUUUUAAGCUCCCUUAAGCUCAAGAGGAUCCUGGGUAAUAGAGCCAUGGCCAUUGACGCACUGCAACCCUACCCCCCUUCCCCUCCAUCCCCCUUUCCCUGCUGGUGUUCCCUUCAGCAAUCGGUAAAAAGCAGCGAUUUCAUUUCAGUCAGUUGGAGCGUGGCUAGCCGGGAUCGAAGCCCAAGAGCUUUGGUUUCCACAGUGGGGACCAGUUGUAAAAACCACACUGCCCCAGUAUAGCUUCUAUAACAUGUCAUACGACUAGACGUUCUGAGAUUGAUCCCUAUUUCAGAUGUGAGAUGGUCAUUCCGUCUCACUUUCCUUCCCUAAAUGUGUUUUGUGGUCACACUGGUAGGUCUUUCUCCACUCUCCUAUCCCUGUUUCCUCCCUCAUGUUAAGAGGAUUUUGAGUCUGGUGAUCUAACCCACUUUUAAUGGACCUUUUUUUUUCCUUUUCUUUUAGGCCUACAAAAAGUUUAAAAAAAAUUUGAAACAAAUUCCCAAUCCCUUUGAAUACCUUCUCAACUACCACCACCAGAAAUGGUUUUUAAGUCCACGAUAAUAUUGAAAUCUUUAAAUGGCAUCCAUUCAGCGUGUGCGCACAUAGGUUUCAGAAACAUUGUGAGAGUGCUUUUGAAUAGUCAGAGGUAACAUAGCACAUAAAAUGCACUAAAUAUGUCAAGUUGAAGUUUUGUGACUUUUGAGACGCGAGGAGUCUCUCCUGGAAUGUAUUGCCAAACUCAGGCCUCGGACAUUCAAUAAAUACCCUUAUGGAAAAGUUGUGCAUGUUAAGACAUGAAACGGGAAGGGAAUAGUCAUUUUUGUUGUUGUUGUUGUCAAUCUCGUCAUCAAUGAGUUGAAUUAUUGCCACUUUCACAUUUGAGGUGUUUUACAUAUUGUAGAAUGUAUUGUAAUUGUACAACAAACGGUAGAGUACAUAACAUUACACAUGGGAAGUGCCAAUAAUUGCUAUCCUGAGGUGUUUUAGAUGUAUUCCUUUUGUAUUUCAUCGUUUAACACGGAUAACUCUUUUCGUAAGUGAAGCCAUUCGUGAUGGGAGUGUUGGCAAGGACCAAAGUUGUUUGGUAAAAAAAAAAUAUCAGUUUCCAUGAUCUGUGCUUAUAGACUUCUCCUUUGUUUGCUUUUUUCUUCUUUUUCUUUUUUUUUAUUUACGUACAAAACCAGAAAAUAGAAAAAAAAUCUGAGCUUACCCAAGCAGAGAGAAGCUGUCUACUCUUAUCUUGUGAUCUCAUGUCAGUACAUCUUUAUUGUGUUCAUUUUCUUUUCCUUGGGUAUGUUGUGAUGAACUGCUGUAAAUUUGUACAGUUCAUGUAAAUUGAUUGUGCGGAAGUUGUACAGAUUUCUAUAUUUUGGAAGAAAAGUUUUUUUUUCUCUGUAAUAAAAGAUUUCCUAUCUUGGCAACAUA